ACUAGGUACUGCCCAGCAACUGGCGCAUAGACUGAUCGACCGCGUCACUCGAAGACCACCCCAGCUGCAGCAGCCUGUCCUGCCACUGCCAUGGAGCGCGCCAUCAUGGCCCUGCCCUUGCUGCUUGCGACACUGGCCGCCUCCGCUGUGGCCAGCCCCGUCAACAAGUCCUGCGUCACCGGCAGCGCCGGCGCCUCCGUGAGCAUCGGAUACGGUGGAGCCGGCGCCAGUGCCGGCGCCGGCGUGUCCCUCGGCGCCGACUGCCCCCGUGCGGAGGAGAUCGUCCGCGCGGCCGUCGAGCAGGCCGUGGCCGCCGACCCCCGCAUGGCCGCCUCCCUCCUCCGCCUCCACUUCCACGACUGCUUCGUCAAUGGCUGCGACGGCUCCGUGCUCCUGGACGACAAGCCGUUCUUCGUCGGCGAGAAGACCGCGGGGCCGAACAUCAACUCGCUCAGGGGUUUCGAGGUCAUCGACGCCAUCAAGGCCGAGCUCGAGCAGGAGUGCCCCGAGACCGUCUCCUGCGCCGACGUCCUCGCCAUCGCCGCCCGUGACUCCGUCGUCGCCUCUGGUGGACCCAGCUGGGAGGUGGAGACCGGCCGCAAGGACAGCCGCACGGCGAGCCUGCAGGCCGCCAACAGCAACCUCCCGGCGCCGACAUCCGGCGUCGCCACGCUCGUGCAGAAGUUCACCAACGUCGGCCUCACCGCGAAAGACAUGGUCGCCCUCUCCGGCGCGCACACCAUCGGGAAGGCACGGUGCACGACGUUCAGCGCGCGGCUGGCCAGCGUGGGCGAGUCGGCCAAGGACACGGGGUUCCUGCAGUCGCUGCAGCAGCUGUGCGCGGGGUCGGCGGGGUCGGCGCUGGCGCACCUGGACCUGGCCACGCCGGCCACCUUCGACAACCAGUACUACAUCAACCUGCUCUCCGGCGACGGCCUGCUGCCGUCCGACCAGGCGUUGGCGGCGCCCUCCGGCUCCGGGGCGGAGGUCGACGUCGCGGCGCUCGUGGCCGACUACGCCUUCGACGCGGCCCUCUUCUUCGACGACUUCGCGGCCUCCAUGCUGCGGAUGGGGAGGCUCGCGCCGGUCGGCGGCCGUGACGCCGUCGAGGUCCGCCGUAACUGCCGUGUGGUGAACUAGCUAGCUAGCCAAGGUCAGGUCGAUUAAGCAGAGAAGCUUAUCCGUGUGUAGUGGCUUUCAGUUAGUUUGAUGUUUUCCAUCGCGUUGUGAAAUAAGCUGCUAGUAGAUUCUAACUAGGAUGAUGUAUGAUGAUGUAUGGUGUAUCUGGUUAUGUGUGGCGUUCUUGGCUUGUCAAAAUAAUUAAUUUCACCUGUUGGAGGUGUUCGGUUGA